UUUGGAGUAUUUCUACCAGGUCCAGUGUGUGCAGAGCAGCAGUAUUUCUGCCAACACUUGUUAGUGCCUCAUACUUUAGCUUUAACUUUGUGCAGUUUCAUAUUAACGCGAUCUAAACGAUGGCCCAUUACGAAGAAGUAAAUGUUCGUGGCUAUGAUGAGUUCUGUCAAGCUGUGUCUGAAAGGAAAGGAAAGGAUAUUUUUGCCUAUUUCUCUGGUGAUAAAGACGCCGCAGGAAAGAGCUGGUGUCCAGAUUGUGUGAAAGCUGAGCCAGUUGUAAGAGGAGAGAUGACUCAUCUUCCUGAGGGCUCUGUCUUCAUCUACUGUCAAGUUGGAGAAAGAGCUUAUUGGAAGAAUCCAAAUAACGACUUCAAGAAGACUCUGAAGUUGAGUGGAGUUCCCACCCUACUGAGAUAUGGCACACCUCAGAAGUUGGUGGAGGAGGAAUGCUUCAAAGCAGAACUGGUGAGGAUGAUGUUCACUGAGGACUAAGGGAUCCCGUGCUGCUCACAUCACUCAUGAAGCAUUCAAGAUUUCUUCACUGUUAAACAGUAAAUGUCAUUUGCUACAGUUCAGUUUCAGCACUACUUCGUCAUUGAAUAUUGAUAACCAUUCACAAAAUGCAUCUCCCACUGUAAUUUGGUGCAAAUUACCAACUGCACACUUUAAAAUAAUGGUCAUCCUGUGUAAUACACAGCUACUCAAUUAACUCUAUACUGGAAUAACACAGAAUGGAUGCAAUUCAUGCUCGUUUUUCUUGUUGUCAUUUAUGUGCAAUCAGUUGAUUCUGAAUUAUAAUUUGAAGUUGAUAUAUUUCCACUCAGUUAUAAGAAUAUCUGGGGAUUUUUUUUUAUUGUGACUGUUUUUAUGUGAUUUCUCUUACCUUGCAGAAGGUACUUGAAUAAAGUGGCACUUGAUGUUGAACGUA